CAAGAUGCCGAAGAACUAUGCUGAAAAAAUCCUUAGCAAGCCACAGAAAAUUGUACUGUGAAUUUGGACCAAAGAUAAAAAACUUCACAUGCUUGUACUGUCCAUAUAAGAGCGCUCAGCGCUCUCUUAUCAGAAGGCAUCUCAGGUGAGUCCAUGAAUGCCACGACGAGGAGCCUGUCGUAAUCUCUGGUUCGGACUCGGAAUCCAGCUACAGCUCCGACAGCAGCGACGACGAAGUUUAUCAAGAUAUCAAACUUAUUGGGCGCCGUAUCAAUGUCGCUGGAGCCCCCAAAAUGCCACUGCCUGGCUAUCAUCUGUUCUUGAUGGAAAAACACAACGAACUGAAACGCGAGCCUGGCUGGCUGCACCGUACGGGCCUGGAGCACAAUCAAAUUUUUGCUGAGGAAUGGCAGCAGCUUUCGAAGGAGCGCAACGUUCCGUACAUGGAAGCAGCAGCCAAGGGCAGAGCUGUAUACAAAAAGAAGAUGUUCCGAUUCUUCAAGAACCACCCAAAAGUUUUGGAUAAAGAGUUGGCAAAGUUGAAGAAAGAUACCAAAGAAAAGGCCACAGCAGCUAAGAGGCCAACCGAUCACGCUCCCGACCCAGAUGAUGUUCCACUAUCCCAGGUUAUCCGCUUGGAUAGCAGCUCUGCUGCUGGCAAAAAUAAGGAGCCAGUCGCGUCUACAAGCAAAAGUCUACGUCUGUCCACUGAGAGUGUUCCCCUGCCUCUCAAUACGCGCCGCACGCCGUCCCGCGCCCUGGACGCCAUGGACUACGAAAGCGAAAUAAAAAUUCAAACAAAUCUUUUCGCGUCUGGCCAAGUCGAUCAUCAAGGGAAAUGCUUCGAACAGCGAGACGCUGCUGGAAGAGUGCUUCAAGGAGGAGAUACAGGAGGACUCGAUUGAAAUGAAAUGUUUUCGUGUGUACGUGGAGGAACGCCUUGCCUUCAGCUUGUCGACAAGCGUCCGUACGAGAAUUACGAGAAAUAUUUCUGCACGUUUGGUGCAGAGUAAAUAGCAUUUCGUGCAUACACGACAGGAGUUUGUUCUAAGCUUGUUCUGUUCUAAGAAUAUUCCUAAUUAUUCCUAAUAAGUGCAUUAAAAUGUAAUAAAAAUAGC